UACUUUAGUCGAGUGAUAGUGUUCGUGGUAGAAGGUACCGUUAUCGUCUCAUCGAACAAGAAAAAAAUAAUUUUUUUCAGUGAGACAAGAAAAAAUAAUAAAAACAAAAAUUCAAUUAAAGUUUGAUGAAAAAUUCCAUCAAAAUCAAACAGAACUGAUAACAUUAUAAACAAUUUGACAUUUCAUAAGACUCGGUGGUGAAAAAAAGAACUAAAUUUUCUCCACUUUUUUUGGUGCCGGUGAAAAAAAAUUUAAAGAAAAAAUCAAUUUAAAGUGAAAAUUUUUCAGGGAAAUUUUUUUCUUCUUUCCUUCCCACAAAAUCAAAGAAAACAGCUGGAAUUUAAAGAAAAUUACAAUCUGUCAAAUUGAUAGAACUGUCAAGUUACUUAUUUUAAGUAAAAAGGUGACAUAUUGCAAUGACAAAAAUUGAAUUAAAAAAAAUUUAGUGAAAAAAUAUAAAUUUUUUUUUAUUACAAAAAAAAAAAAAACCAAAAGACGACGAAGAAGAAAAUCUAAUACGAAUUUAGAGUUCGCUCUCUCUAUCCCCCAAUAUUCAUGAUAUUCCUAUCUCUCUUUUACUCUUUUGAUCGCCGUGUAUAUCGGGUGUGUUCGUUUAACAACAGCAAGCAGCAAUAGCUGAGGCCAGAAAGUGGUGGAAUUCUCGAAAUGUCGUCGUCGUCAAUGUUUGUAUUUGUGAGAAAAUCUAACACACACAACACGUGACUUUCCUUUGAUUAUGAUGUUCUUCUGUUGACUGUUUUUGUUAGUGUGUGUGUAUUAGUAUUGUUUGUGUUGUUGGAGAGAUUGCGCAAUUUCCAACAUCGUCGUUUUCGCUUCCAUCGAGUGUAUCUAUUCGAUACGGAUUCAGAACUGCGUCUGCAUUCGCCGCCAGAGGUCGUCCGUGUCGUCGUCGUGCAUUCAACAAAGUUUCUUCUUCAUCAAACGCGCCUCAUCGUACCGUACCGCGCCAACCAACCAACGAAGCAGAAAACACUUUGCAAGAUACACACAAUUUUUUGUUGUUGUUGUUGCGUUUCGCCUUCGUGUUUCUAUCGUUUGCCCGCACUUCGCAUCAAAAUGCAAAGAAGAUUGUGUGUGUGAUCUCUGCAAAAACGAAGUGCGUAGUUUCGAUGUGUGGUGUGUGUGCGUGUGUUUGUGUAUUAUAAUUGACGGUUUUAUACGUCAGAAUUUAUUACAAUAUUUUACGGGCCUUUUUGUGGAUUAGUAAAGGCACAGCAGCGUGUGUAUAUUUUAUUACUUUGCCCCUUCCCAGUCACCUUUUGUAAAUUGGUGUGUGUGUGUGUUUGCUUGUUUCGUCUGUUCACCAACUCGCUUUUAUUGUGGAUUACGCGUUCUGUGUGGUGUGUAUGUGUUGAGCAUACACGCUCGCAGAUAAUACAUCUCUGUGAACCCAAAACAGCAGCACACACUCUUAAUUAUAAUAAUAAUAAUAAAUCUGGAGGAUUGAUAGGAGUGGAAGAAAGACCGUAAAAGAAAAUACAACAAAUUUUAUAGAAUCGGGCUCCAAAGAGGAAUACGAAAGAAAAAUUAAUUCAUGGAUGGAUGCUUUAGUGGAUUUCAGAUAUAACCCAACAUAACUAAGGCAACUAGACCGCAACUUCUUCGUACGAAGAAAAAAAAAUUAUCUUCACGGUGCCUUAUCAUGCUAGAUAUGAUAGCCGAUUACCACAAAAGUAAUAUCUGCAAACGUGAAGAUAUCAAAGACAUUACUUCUACUUCUGUUGCUUCUUCACCAACAACUUCAGAUGGCAUUACAACAAAAAAUCUACAAUUGCAACAACAACAGCAGUCCACUACGUCGACAACGAUGAGUGCACCAAAUGCAAGACCUGUAGUAACCACAUUCACUCAAUCGACAAUGGACAAAUCUAUUGUCACGGCUGUUGCAUCUCCUGCUACUACUGAAAGUGGUGCUUCAGAUGUUUUUGAAACAACAAUGAAACCUCCACCACCAAAGCAUCAUCAACAUCAAAAACAUCUGCAUCAUCAUCAACAACAACGUCAAAAGCUUAAAGUCAAAGAUUUCAAUGACGUCAUUGUGUGCAAUUUAUGUCGUGGAUAUUUGAUUAACGCAACUUCGGUUGAUAUAUGUGAGCAUUCAUAUUGCCGAUCCUGCAUUGUCAAGUACCUUGAAACUGAUAGCAAUUGUCCUAAUUGCAAACCACAAAUACGUUUCAUCACACUUAGUAAUUUAAGAUCUGAUGACAUCCUGCGUACGUUGGUCUACAAACUUGUACCAGGUCUUAUACAACAAGAACGGGAACGCCAGUUGCAUUUUUGGAAAACCUUAGAUUCAACAUCUGACUGUGAUAUGUUAAUGAUGGAAGAUGAAUUCAUUUAUCCUGCUGAACCAAUAAGUCUUUCGCUAGAAUACCAUCCAGCGUUAUUGGUGUCUUGCAACAAAUCUCAAAUCCCACCAGUGAGAUAUCUGCAAUGUCCUGCUGGAGUGACAGUUCAUCAUUUGAAACGAUUCCUUUGCUCCAAGUACGAUAUCGAUCCGGAUAACCAACGAGUGGACAUUGACAUCAUCUAUGAGGAUGAAAUUUUGCCAGAAGAUUUUAGUCUCAUGGAUGUUGGUUAUUGCUAUAACUGGAAGAGGGUGGCUCCAAUGAGAUUCUGUUAUAGAAUUCUUUUGCAUAGCAACAUACCAUCACCAACAGCUUCUGCAACAGCAGCAGCUUCUAAGACAGUGGCACCCUUAUCCACCACAACAAAAGUAUUGGGGGAGAAUAAUCAAAAUGACUCAGGCAGUCCAGAGGCUAAACGUGUUAAAAAGUCCUCUCCUACAGAUAGUGAAAUGAUGAUGGCACCAGCUGUCCCGUCAGUAAAAUCGGUAAGGUUCAUUGAACCAUCAAGCCGUAAAGUCGACAAAAAUGGAGAGAAUAAUAAUAGGCAGGUUACCUAUUCGGUUUAUAAAUCCAAGUCGUUAGAUAUGAAGGAUUCUUCGGGUAGUUAUGUGAAUAAUAACAACAACAAUGAAAUGGAACGCGAAAAGAACGAAAGUAGUGGAGUUAUGAAAAUGAUUAUAGCCCGAAAACAGAGCCCUAAACGGUCUAGUUCGGAAGAGUCUGUUUACAAUAUUACAAAUGACUUUAAAAGUCUUCGGAGUAACGAUAUGCGUUACAGUGAUUAUGCAGUGACUUCAAACUCCACAACUCAAUUAACAAAGACAUCCCGGGAAGAUUCAAAACCUGCGGUAUCCAAGUGUGAUAUUGUAGUGAGUAUCCCUCAAUCACAGAUAAAUCGUUCACCGAAUUCUUCCGAUGAAAGUUUGGAGAAUCUUUCAUUGGCUGAGUUGAAGACCGCUGGAAAGAAACCAUCUCCAGCGAAUAGUCCGCCAAAACCGAAGAACGUUCCUAAGCUCAAAAUUGAGUUGGUAAAUAGCCCAAAGACUAAAAUAACUAUACCGAAGCCUAAAUCAGCUGAAGUGAGGCAAGAACCGAAAAAAAUAUCUAAGCGAAAAUUCUCGAUUGAUGAACCGCCAAUGUUGCAGGAGAAGUUAGACUUGAAGACCUAUGCCAAGAAUAUUGGAUUGAAACCAAUUGAAAUGAUGGAUAAACCAAAGGAUCCUUUGGAAUUGCCUAAGACAAAGACAAGUCCUGAUGCAUCACCAAUGUCGACAUCAUCGUCGGCAAGUUCGUCAACGUCAAAUGGAACGUUUUCGUUCUCGGGAAAAGAUGAAUACCCAUCGUUUUCAUCGUCGUCACAUAAAAAACGAAAGAAGAAGCAUUCAAAGGAACCAAAAGAUUCGAAUGGUAAACGUCGGAAGCUUCAUGCGGAGAUAUCAUCGCAGCCGGAAAAUGAAAGUCUUAAAAUGAAGGUUAAAAUUACUGGAAAUCAUCGAGCACACAAAGUGGAAAGUCGAAAAUCUAGUAGUAGCAGUGAUGAUGUUAUACUUACAACACCACCGAUAAGCUUGAAACUUCCUCCCCCCAUGCCAGAGCCGACAAUCUUGAAUGGCAAACAUCAUGCCAAAAAACCGAAGCUGUCAUAUUCUCCCCCAACGUCGACAACUCCAAUUGCAAGUCCGGUUCCAAAUGUAAUGGCAAGCUUAAAUUUAACAAAUCCAAUUCGAAGCUUAGAGCCUUCAAAGAAGGCCAGCCCUACGAGCCACAAGGAGUCUGAAAGUUCAAAGAAGGAAUCAAAAUCUAAAGAGAUGAAAGUAAAAGACGGAAAGUCUAAAGAUUCUAAGACAAAGGAAUCAAAGUCGAAAGACUCUAAAUCAAAGGAAGGUCACUCAAAGGAGGUUAGUUCGAAGGAAGUACUUUCCAAGGAUGUCAGCUCCAAAGAAAUCACCUCCAUUAAAGAUGUCAGUGCUAAGGAAGUCAGCUCUAAAGAAGCUUCUUUCAAAGAAGUCAGUUCUAAGGAAUCAAAAUCAAAAGCCCCCAGCGCGCCCCAGAUUAUGACAACCGUGCACGCAAGGAUUCAAACAAAACCCUCGCCACAGAUCACAUCAACAGCUACUAUCAAGUCACCUGCGCCAAUUUCCAAGCCUUUGACGAAUAUUCAGGAAAUGAAAAUACCUGCUUCGCCACCGCUUCCGCCUAGUCUCUUCAAAACUACCCCGCUUACCAUUCCAACUAUAACUCCCACUUCAACAAAACCUGCUACUCCACCACUAAAGCCAGUUCCCCGGCCUUCGGUGACUACCCCAACACCAACUCCAACACUCCCAGUCCAACAGGCUUUAAACCGAUCACCUAAACUACCUGUAACGCCACCAACAAAGCCUCAAUUUGCUAUGCCCCAAGCUCCACCAAAAGUCAUGCCAAACACUCAUAAACUGAGUCCUAUCUCCUCGAUAGCAAGUUCGGCGCACAAACAUGCAGCUCAGCUGAAACGUUCCCAAAGUCUUGAUGGACCACAUCCGACAGCUUUGCUAACAAAACAACAGAAGACCGAACAAGAUCGCUUGAUGAGAAAAUCAGCUUAUGGUCCGAUGUUUCAACACAAUCAGCGUCCGAUAAAGCCGUCAAACCCUACGACUUCAGGAUCAGCCCCAAUUAAAACACAAGAUAAGCCUUUCUAUACCUCUUCCAUUGCCUCGAGCUAUACUCAUGAAAUAAGCAAACGAAAACCGUUACCCAUGCUGAUGCCACCUUCAUCAAUCAGCGUUACCAAAAUGUCGGAAAGUACAAAUGGAAAGAUUACACAUUCCUCAAGUACUUCGGCUGUCACUAUAACUUCAAGUCAGAAGAAACCUUACACAACAAGUCAAAGUAGCAGUCCAUCAAUAAGUCAUAAGCCGGCUUUGGAGAUAUUAAGGGUUCCCCAUGUUCCAACAUCAUCAACAUCUUCACCCACAGAGCAGCAAAAACCAAGCUCGGUGAAGUCAAGUCCUCCAAAAGCUACUCGACCUCCACCACCUCCAAUACCUUUGGUAAAGAUUAAGAAGUCCCAAAGUAUGAGUACACCCUGUGUGAGAUCACCUGCCCUAACUGUGAGCACAAAGAGCACAACUGGACAUUCACAAGCCUCGCCACCAGGACUUAUCAGUAUGCGAAGCAUCAUUCCUGCAAUCGUGGCUAGUAAAUCUGCGGCAACUAGUGCUGAAAAUGCUCCCAAACAACCUGAAAAGCCUUCAUCAGAGACUAAUGGAAAGUCGUCGUCAAAGGAGAAAUUAUCGUCGGCAUCUUCGUCAUCAUCCAUUAAGGAUAGAAGACCUUCAUCUCGGGAUAACAGUGUGGAAAUUCUUGACCUUUCUGGCAAACAUUCAAACCAUCCCAAGCCUCCAACUCCACCAACACCACCUGCCGGCAAUAGUUUGGAAGCAGCUUUGAAUAAAAUUAAACAAAAUAUGACUUCAAGCACGGUUCCAGACAGCAUUGCUGCUUCAGCAAAUAAGUCUUCAAAAAUGGAGACUUCCCCAGAAGAUCUUCAGAAUCUCCACUUACUUUCCGAAUCUGCAACAUUUCGCGAGAAAAUCGCCAUCAAAACUCUCCCCAAACUAAAUGAGAUCUCCAAAGUUCGUGCUACCCAAACACCUGUGCGCCAACAAAACGCUUCAGUUCGGAACAUCCCAAAUCCAUCAGCCCUUGCUUUCCGAAAUCAACCACAGAUUCCUAUGCUCACCAGUAUUAACAACAAAUCAUCCUCCACACCAACAUCACCCGGAGUGGUUUCAACAAAACCCGAAUUCAAAACACCAACUCCACCAAACAACAGCCCUUCGAGCAGUACAAACCCUGGAUCACCACCAAGGCUAAAGAAGAAUUUAAACAUUGAACAAGUUGCCGCUAAUCUUAAUUUGAGAGCUGCAGCGGCAGCAGAUAAGUCAGAGGCUAUAGCAACAGCAACAGCUGCUGGUUCAGCUGUAUCAAGUGUUUCCACAACAAGUGUGACGAAUUCGUCAAGUCGACAAGCUGAAAGCUUUUCAAAUAAUAAAACGGCUAAAACAACAACUACUCCGGUGACGUCAUCGAAUGUGGUUUCAUCAUCAUCAUCGUCAUCAUCAUCGGUUUCGCCGGGUUUAAGUCGAGAAUCAACGGCUGCACCACCAAGUCAGCCGAAGACUUCGUUUAAGAGCAUUUCAUCACUAGUGGCGUCAUCUUCGUCAAGUUCGACAGUUAGCGCUGGAACAGCUUAGAUAUAAGGAUACAACUGCAAUGUAGCAUUAGAGAUCCUUUUUCCGCAAUAUCUACAACAAAAAAAGAGGCAUACAUAUUAUUAUCAUAAUUUUUCUGUUUUCCAUUCGUUCUAAAAGGAUAUUAAAAAAAGAGGAGAGAAAGAAAAAGAAUCAGAGAAUCACUUGACAUGGAUAAAAAGGACACCCACAUACAAAAACAAACUUAUACAUAGAACUCCUACACAUACAAGUCAUCAUGUAUACAAAGACACCUACAUGUUGGCAUUUUGAAGUUUUCCGGCUUUCGGCUAUAUCCUUCUAUCUUAUAACACAAAAAACCAACCCACAUAGAGUUUUGUUUUAUAUUUUGUGUGUCCUUCGCUACGAUAAAAGAAAGGAGAGAACAUAUUUUGUGGGGGAGGACGAACCAUUUGAUAUAAUUUCUUCGAGGGCUCACAAAGUAAAGUAGUAUAGUUAGCGGUAACAGCAGGCGGCUUAUUAUAUUUUUGUAUGUAUAUAAAUUUUACACUCACACAUCAAUGUUUUAUGCAUUUUUUUGUAUAUCUAUAAAAAGUAAAGAAAAAAUAAAUAUGAAAAUAGGUAUUAAAUGUGUGGCAUGCCCGAAUGCCCAAAAGGAUAUAAAAAAUAAACCUGUGUACAGAGUGGCACAAGGAUAUUUUAUUAUUAUUUUUUUGUUUGUGUCCUUGUUUUCUGUAAAAAAAUAUUCUAUCUCUCCUUGUUCGUUUUGAAUUUAAUUUUUAUCUUUUUGUUAUUUUCUUUCCAAAAAAAUAUAUAUAUUUUAUUUAUCGAUUUUAACUAAUUUUUUUUUUAUAUUUUUAACUAUUCUAUACGCCCCAUAUUUUUAUGAUCUGUUAUCUAGUUAUCUACACAUUCUAAGCAUAGAUAUAAAUAUAAUCAUAAAUAUUCAUUAAAUUCAUAAGGUUUUUUUUUUCUGUGUAGAUCAUUUAAAAUAAUAAACAAACAAAAGAAAUGUGAUGUGAAGCACAUCAAAUGUACUGGCACAACCCUCUAUAAAAAAAAAAACAUUAAAAU